AUGCUGAACACAUCAGGACUGUUCUCAUCCUCGGUUCAAUCAGUGGUCAAUCCAUCUCCACCAAGCCCAACCCCACCGACCGAUAGGCCAUCAACAGUUACAGUCCCUUCUGAGGUUGUUCCAUCUUCACCAGUUCCAGCUGCUCUGAUUGUUAGACCAUUUAUGCUUGUGUCCAUCACUCCUUCUGGUUCAGUGGUUGCUCCAUGUCCACCAGAUCCAGCUCCUUCAACUGUAACGCGACCAGCUCCAUCCGAACCUUCAAUUCAAAAGCUGCACUCAUUCCCAGAGAUGUCUGCUGAUUCACUCUCACGUGUUUCUGAAGCUAGUGACAAUGACAAUUCAGAGGAUAAGUCAGACAAGGGCAGGGACAAUACUCAGGGGGCAAUGGCCAAAGUGUCGAAUGUGGUAUGCGGUGAAAAGAGAGGCGUCAGCCGCCAAUCAACCCUGCCCAAGGUAAAAUUGGAGAUUUUAGAGUGUAGUGGUACUAUCAGGGUUACCAGUAUUAGUGCAAUGCCUCCAGACAUAUCAUCAAGUCGAGACUUACCAGCAUACCUUGGCCCUGAGAAGAUGGCUGAGUUCCAUAAUGUUUUCCAGGAAUAUGCGAAAACCUUGUAUGAUGAGGAGGAUAUCAAAAAUCGAGUUUGGGACGAUCCAUCACAGCCGCCGACAAUACCAAAGGUGGAUGAUAACUCAAACAAACCCCCCCUUACUUCCACCUCAUCCAGAUUAGUUGUCUCUGCUAGCGCUCAUACUUUGACACUUCUGCUUCAUCCAAUGUCGGGUCUGGAGGAAAGAGGAAUCAUGUCAUCUAAUAUUUUACACAAAACAAGUUCAGCAUCAUCAAUGGAUAUCUAUGCUGAAUCCCAAACGCCAGAGGCAACCGUCUGUUCUCCACCAAAUCAAUCCACCUCUUUCAUGCCGCAGCUUAGUAAUCCUUUAUCAUCUCAACCAAUGGCUAUCACCUCUGGCCUGGAGCCCUCUUCUUGUCCAUCCAUUACCUCCUCUCAGUCUGCUAGUACCCAGCUUGCCACUGCGCCAUUACAAUCAGAAGCCACGCCACUUACUGCAAGUGACCCGUAUCCUGCCACUUCUACUCCUGCUGAGAAGAGUGUGGGAAAUAGCCACAUGGUUGUUUCACCCCAAAGCAUGCAUGGAAUAUCGGCUCCUGCAGACCCUAGCAGCACAGCAUUUUCUCUUUUCCUCCGACAUCCAUCAUCACCCUUCAGUCCCUCCCUUUUCCACUUCAAAUAUAUGUUCUAUUCUCUAUAA